AUGGAGGUGGAAGAAGAGGAAGGAACGGCGAUCGAGGAGGAAACACCGAUAACAUGGAAGAAGAGGGUCAAGAUGGCACUGCCCCAUGCAGCGCUGUAUUUCUCGCUGUUCAUGUAUCUAAUGGCUGGAGCGGCACUGUUCUAUCACCUGGAAUACGAGGCAGACGAAAAGAUUCAAAGUGAAAAACUCGAUCGAAUCAAGCAUAGUAGCAUGGAGCCAUAUAUGGGAGGGGGAGAGAAGGCGAAGGAGUGGGUAGGAGCGGGUAACCAUAGAAUUGCUAGGGAGAGAAGAAGUCUCAAAAGUAAUCAGAGAAAAUCAUCUUCAUUGGAAGAGACCGACGAAAUAGAAAGCGCUAAUGGAGAAGAAGAAGAGGAAUCUGAGAAAGCGAAACCGCCAGCAGCAAAACGACUACCGCUUAGUAUAAAUGCCGGCAUUUUGCUUGUUUUUUGUAUGAUGGGUGGAGUUACCUACAUUGCUGCAGGUGGUAAAGCGACAUUUCUCGAAGCGUUCUUCGUCACUUUCAAUCUUGUCGCCAAUCUGACGAUGAGUGAAAUGCCAAGUGAUCUGAAUCACGUUCUCACACUCAUCUACAUCUUCGUUUUUGUCACAUUUGGGGUAGCCGUGCUGUCUAUGUGUGCUGAGCUAGCCGCACUCGAACUUAAAGACAUCUUCCUGAAAAUCCAUUACUUCGGAAGGAAAAUCAAGUUCAAACGCAAGUCAAAGAAGGAGCAGAUCGAGGUGGAAGUGAAGGAGUUGUUGAAAAUUAUUGAAGAAAUUCGACGGCGGUACCCGGACAAGGAACGAAUCACAUCUUUGGACAUAUUACGGUACAUGAACGAAGCGAGCGCUGAACGAGCAGUGUUGACGGAGAGACGAGACACGAUUGCGUUCCAACCACAAACGAUGGAAAUGCUCAAAUUCGCAGAUGAGCAGGAUUUAGAAGAUCGUAGUGCCAGCCGACUUGAAGAGGCCCCACUCAUAGAAAAGCCUCCUCACAAGUAA